UUGAUUUCUAUACGAGAAUUUAAGUAUGGAAAUCACCAGAAGUAGUUCUUUCCUAAUCAUUUUGCUAGUGUUAGUUUCAAGUUUGGUGGAGACAAAUGCAUAUUAUUAUAAGAAUUGUUAUGCAGGGCGUUGCAAUGGAAAAUAUAUAAGGUGCCCAGAAGAGUGCCCAAGCAGUGAAUCGAAUGAUCCCAAGGCUAAGGUUUGUCAAAUUGAUUGCGACAAACCCACAUGCAAUGCUGUUUGUAGACAGCGCAAACCAAACUGCAAUGCACCUGGAUCAGGAUGCUAUGAUCCUCGAUUCAUCGGUGGAGAUGGCAGAGUGUUCUACUUCCAUGGAAAGAGCAAUGAGCACUUCAGUCUCAUCUCUGAUUCCAACCUUCAAAUCAAUGCUCGCUUCAUCGGACACAGGCCAGCCGGCAGAGCCCGCGACUACACCUGGAUCCAGGCUCUUGGCAUCCUGUUCAACUCUCAAACCUUCUCAGUCGAAGCCACCAAGGCGGCCCAAUGGACCGACACCGUUGACCACCUCACGUUGACCUACAACGGAGACUCCAUAACUUUAACCGAAGGCACUCUUUCCACGUGGCACUCGCCGUCAAAAGACGUGAAAGUCGAGAGAGUAGCCAGCAAGAACAACGUCAUAGUAACACUGGAGAAUGUUGCUGAGAUUCUUGUCAAUGUUGUGCCGAUAACCAAGGAAGAUGAUAGAAUUCACAACUAUCAAGUGCCUAAUGAUGAUUGCUUUGCUCACUUGGAAGUUCAGUUUAGAUUCUUCAGUUUGUCCCCGAAAGUUGACGGUGUUCUUGGAAAGACUUACAGGCCGGAUUUCGAAAACCCGGCGAAGCCAGGUGUGGCGAUGCCGGUCGUUGGCGGAGAAGACAGUUACAAGACAACGUCAUUGCUUUCUCAUGAUUGUGCUUCUUGUUUGUUCUCUCAAGAAAGCUCUUCUGAGAGAGAUGCUUCUACUAAAAUGAUUACCGAAUUGGACACACUUGAUUGCACCAAGUUUUCUUAUGGAUUGGGAAUCGUUUGCAAGAAAUGAAUACCAGAAAGAAAAUUAAAAGGCAAUGGUUUAUUAGGUGAAUAUACUUGAAACCUUGCUUGAAAAAUAAGGGCACAGCCAUAAAUAAUAACGCUAUUUCUUUGUUAUUGUAAUUUGUAUGCUUUGUUGUUUGAUAAUUUGAAGUUAAACAUUGUGUUACUCUUUCGUUUAUGUGAUUCAAUUGAGCCUUUUAAAAAUAAAUUAAAUUAUUAAAUUCUAUA